CUCUCCUUACCCCCGAGAAACAAGAAACAUCCGAAAGAACAAAAAUCUCAACAGAAAAUAUACUCUAUCAAAAAAAAAAAAAAAAAACAAAAAAAAAAAAUCCCAACGGGAUAAACAAAAAAAGAUAUAUGUUAACAUUUCAAAUUUGAGAUUACAAUAAACAAUUUUUGUUAUUUUUUUGAUUUUUCGUGUUCUGGGGGUGGGAGUUAGAGCUUUGCAUUUGUAUUUUCUUUUAUAUUUUUUAACAUUAUCUUAUUGAUUCAUAUACCAUUUCAUCGGAUUGGUCGUCGUGAAGGCAUUGUUGCUUUGUUUCGCAUGUUUAUGUCUCCACGUUCCAAUCUUCAACGUUUAAGUUUUCUCUUUUUGGAUUCAGAGGCAUUGGAAACUUGUGGGUUAUGCGCCAAGUUGAUGAUUUUUACGUGGGUUGCUGGCAAAGUUGAAUAAUAACGUAGAAACAUAUUUGGUAUUGGAUGCUCAAAAGGGUAACUCUGCUAAAACAUUUUCCUUCCACCCUGGAGAAUUUGAAGGAAUUUCUGUCAAGUUCGAUGAAAUGAGAAGGAAAAUUCAUGGAUGUUGUGGUAAUCAUUUGAGAAACAAUGGAAUUGAGAAGAGCAGGUUACACAGCUAUUUUCUUGAUUCUGCUUUGUGCAUUCAUAAUUGGGAGCUCACUUGGGAAGAAGAAGGUAGCUGAAUUGUUUUCCAACAUUAAUGGAGAUAGUUGUAUUUCGCAGAAGACGGAUGGAAACAUGGCAGAGAAGGAUUGGAUCCAUUGCAGAAAAGAACUAAUAGACAGGAAAAGUGAAGUUGAGAACAUUGACUGGUAUAUCCCACAGGAAACAACUAGUGACUGGAGGUCAGUGUACUUAACAAAACGAAGCAUAUAUAAUGCAAUCAUAGUUCUGCCAGCCCAUAUGAAACAAGAAUUGUUUGAUUGCUUAAGAAAGAAAAGUUCUGCAUUUCAUGUUUCGGAUAACAAAACUAGCUCGAAGUUGUUCAUGAAGUGUGUCGAGCUUAUCUUUGGCUGGCCACAUGCUCCUAGAAGAUAUUUGGCUAGCAAGUUGCAUCAGUCAAAGGCACCAAGCCCUACUCCAGAUAAAGCUCCCACACCUGCAGUUUCAGCUCCAGCACCAUCCGAUCAAUCACCUUCCAGCACUCCUUCUCCAAGUCCUUCUCCUGGUCCUUCCCCAGCUCGUUCCCCAACUCCUUCUCCAACUCCUUCUCCAACUCCUCAGGCCCAAGUUGAGCCUCCAGCAAAACCAGUUAUCCUAACAAAUACACCUAAAGUACGCCCACCACCUCCAGCUCGUAAACGUUCACCUCCUGCUCCUCAUCCUCCUCCACCAAAGAAAGAUGACAAAAAUCAGGCAAAAACUAUUGUCAUUGCUGCAGCUGCAGCAGGAGCAGUUGCCGUCAUUGCACUGCUUUUGUGUUGCUGUCUUAAGAGGAGGCGCAAAAAGGUUGAUCCGGCUUUUAGAAUAAAAGAUGAUAGACCUCUUCUCAACAUGUCCUUGAGUGAUUUCUCUGCUGGUUCCUCACAGAAGUCUAUGAGCUUAGGAAACUCCAAUAACACAGAGUUCAUCGCUAAUGGUACAAAGUUUGCUAACAAUCAGUCCAUGAAAUCUGAAAAUUGUGAUUCCUCAGUGGCUGAGCCGAUACCAUCAGUAGCUGCCUCAUCAGCAGUAUUUCCUCCCCUAAAGCCUCCUCCUGGAAGAUUAGCUUCUCCAUCUCCUGCACCACCACCUCCUGCACCGCCACCAACACCACCACCACCACCACGACCUUCAGCACCAUCACCACCUCCACCUCCUCCUCCUGGCCCCCGCCCUCCUCCACCUCCAAAGUUAGGUCGCCCUCCACCUGCUCCACCUAAACCAAUGGCUGGAAAAACUCAGCUUUCUGGCCCUAAACCUAAUGGUGGUUCUAGUGAGGGAGAGGAUACUGAUGCAGACUCUGGAGCUCACAAAGCUAAGUUGAAGCCAUUCUUUUGGGAUAAGGUUCUUGCCAACCCCAAUGAUCAAUCCAUGGUCUGGCAUGAGAUCAGUGGAGGAUCAUUCCAGUUUAAUGAGGAGAUGAUAGAGUCUCUAUUUGGUUAUAACAACCCUGUGGGCAAGAAUAAAAAUGAGCGCAAGAAAGAAUCAUCAAGUUUGGAACCUGCUGUCCAAUAUAUUCAGAUAAUUGAUCCUAAGAAAGCACAAAAUCUAGCAAUUCUUCUACGAGCAUUGAACGUGACAAUAGAAGAAGUUGUAGAUGCACUUCGAGAAGGUAAUGAGCUUCCUAUGGAGCUCAUCCAAACUUUGUUAAAGAUGGCACCAACAACAGAAGAGGAACUGAAGCUUAGGUUAUUCACCGGAGAUAUUUCACAGCUAGGGCCUGCAGAGCGGUUCCUCAAAAUAUUGGUUGACAUCCCAUUUGCUUUUAAACGAUUAGAGUCAAUAAUGUUUAUGACUUCCCUUCAGGAGGAAGCCUCUGGCGUUAAAGAAUCCCUCGCAUCUUUAGAGGUUGGGUGCAACAAACUCAGAAAGAGCAGGCUAUUCCUAAAACUCUUGGAAGCAGUUCUCAAAACUGGCAACCGCAUGAAUGAUGGUACCUAUCGUGGUGGCGCGCAAGCAUUUAGGCUUGACACACUCUUGAAGUUGUCAGAUGUUAAAGGAAUUGAUGGAAAGACCACACUCUUGCACUUUGUUGUUAGGGAGAUCAUCCGUUCCGAGGGCAUAAGAGCUGUGCGUACAGCCAGAGCAAGCCAAAGUAUGUCCAGUGUGAGAACAGAGGAUUUUGUUGAAGAACUUGGUGAAGAAUCGGAAGAGCACUAUCGUAGCCUUGGUCUGCAGGUGGUCUCUGGUCUAAGGGAUGAGCUUGAGGAUGUUAAAAAGGCAGCCAUCAUAGAUGCAGAUAGCCUAACAUCUACCGUAUCGAAACUUGGCCAAUCACUAGUGAAAGCUAGAGACUUUCUAAGGGUUGAGAUGCAGAACCUGGAUGAAGACAGUGAAUUCCAUCGUACACUAAAAAGUUUUGUGGAGCAUGCAGAAACCGAUGUCACAUUGCUUUUGGAGGAAGAAAAGAGGAUAAUGACUCUUGUGAAAAGUACUGCAGAUUACUUUCAUGGGAAAGCAGGGAGGGAUGAAGGUUUGCGCUUAUUUGUGAUCGUACGAGAUUUCUUGAUAAUCUUAGAUAAGGUAUGCAAAGAGAUCAAAGAUUCCACAGAAAAGGCAGCAAAGACUACCACUUCCAAAAAAGAUUCUCAAACAGCAGCAGCUACUUCAGAAAAUCACCAACCCACACCUUCAGACAUUCAUCAACGACUAUUUCCAGCAAUUGCCGGGCGACGAAUUGAUGAUGAUGAUUCCAGUUCAGAUGAUGAGAGUCCAUCUCCUUAGCUUUCAUUUUCAUAUAGGUAUAUAAGUUCCUGACUUGGAAGCUUUACUAUCACUUCCUUGUUUCCUUAAUAGAAUUACAGAAGAAAACCUUCACUUAGUAUAGGGUGUGCUUGCAAGCAAAAGGAAGGGGAAAAUUGUCUUCAAAGUAAUGCAAUUGUGCCAUAACGUGUGUAAAAUCUUUGAGAUAUUGAUCUAUGGAUGUGGUGAGGAAAAAAGGAAAGCAUUGGUUUCUAGAAA